AUGCAGCUCUGGAGUCACUUCGUUGGAGUAUUGGCACUAUUGGCAAUAUCUUCGAGAACUGCUGCUUUGAAUCUUGAAGGCUUCACGGGACAUGAACUGAGCCCUUACACCAACACGGUGCUGCCACCAGACCGCGUUGAAGCUGCGUCUCCAAUUGUGCAGGGAGUGUGCUACUCACCUUUCCACAAUUCGGAGUAUCCGUUGAACGGAGGUAGUGCUGCGGGGCUCGAUUCUGCCAUGGAUACUGACUUUAACAUCAUGAAAAACUACGUCAAGGUAGUACGCACCUACUACUCCAGCUUCUACGGCUACGACAUUACGCCAUAUGCUGCGAAACACAACGUCCAGCUUUACCUCGGUGUCUUUAUGACCGAUGAGAGCUGGUACAACGACCAAGUGAAUGCUGCUAUCGCUGCUGUAAGGAAUUAUCCGGAUACAAUCAAGGCGAUCCUAGUUGGCAAUGAGAACAUCUAUCCUGCUGGCCCAUAUUCACCUACCGACGUUUUAAACCGGAUCACUGCUUUACGUGCACGAAUUCUAAGCGAGACCGGACGUACGGUAAACAUCGGUACAGUCCAGCGACACAACGAGUGGACGGCUAUUAGUAUUCGCUCCACUAUGCUGGCACUAGCUGAAGGUUGCGAUAUCGUAGGAGUCAACAUCUAUCCGUUCUUCGAUGCCUCGUACACAGUAAGUAACCCGCUGGCGAUGCUUAAUGGCGCCUGGAACAACAUGUUGAAUAUCUACCCGUCCGACAAAGUUCGUCUCACGGAAAUUGGCUUCCCCACUGCUGGAGCGCCACCUUCCUUCGCACCUUACAAUGUGCCGAGUCUCGCUAAUUCGAUCUCCUUCUACAAGGCCUUUUUGAACUGGAGCCCUGUGAGUGGCGGUCAGGAGGUCUUCUGGUUCAUGUUCUUCGAUCGUCGACCUGAUGACAAUACCAUGGGGAUCGAGCUGGAAAAAUACUUCGGCUUCUACACUUGGGAUAGGCAGAUCAAGUCGUCCAGCUACCCGGAUUUGGUCACGGCAGCCACUCCAACUGCAGCUCCAACAACAGCUCCAACAACAGCACCGACGUCAGCUCCAGUAACGGUAACCCCCACCUCUGCUCAGGUGUGUCGUGUCCACAAGGUUUACUCCAACUAA